GUGAUCUUGGGGAUUGAUUGGUUGAGACCACAGCAUGCUGUGAUUGAUUGUUUCGACAUGGUAGUGUCCUUUCACAGACCUGGAGAGCCAGUGUUUCGUUAUCGUUGUCUCAAGUCCGACAACGCCAUGAGAUCAGGAGUUUUGGCACAUGUGGAGUCAAUGGAUCAGGAAGUGACUAUCACAGACAUUGUGGUAGUAUCUGAGUUUGGUGAAGUGUUCCAAGAGAUACCGGGGCUACCUCCUCGAAGAGUGGUAGAUUUCUGCAUUGAUGUAGUGACCAUCAAGAAUAGGUAUCCCUUACCUAGGAUUGAUGACUUGUUCGAUCAGCUCAAAGGUGCUACAGUGUUCUCUAAGAUUGAUUUGAGAUCCGGUUACCAUCAACUCAGAGUGAAGGAAGAAGAUAUAUCGAAGACAGCCUUCAGGACCCGGUAUGGACAUUAUGAGUUUGUCGUCAUGCCAUUUGGUCUAACGAAUGCACCAGCUGUCUUCAUGAGUUUGAUGAACCAAGUAUUUAGCCCGUACUUGGAUGAGUUUGUUGUGGUGUUUGUGGAUGACAUUCUGAUAUACUCCAAGACACAAGCUUCAUUGACCAAGUUGACCAAGAAAGAUACUCCGUUUGUGUGGACGGAUGCAUGUGAGGAAGCAUUCAACAAACUAAAGACUAGACUGACCACAGCUCCAGUGUUGACGAUUCCCUCUAGUGGUGGUGGCUAUGUCAUUUACAGUGAUGCUUCACUCCAGGGUUUGGGUUGUGUGUUGAUGCAGCAUGGAGGAGUCGUUGCAUAUGGCUCGAGACAGUUGAAGAUUCAUGAGAAGAAUUAUCCGACACACGACCUAGAGCUUGCGGCAGUUGUAUUUGCCCUGAAGAUUUGGAGACAUUACUUGUAUGGUGAGAAAUUUCAACUCUUUUCAGAUCAUAAGAGUUUGAAGUACUUGUUCUCACAGAAGGAGCUGCUUUGGAAGUGGGAGCAGAUAUCUAUGGAUUUUGUGACCGGGUUGCCUAGAUCGAAGAAGGGUCACGAUGCCAUAUGGGUGAUUGUUGAUCGAUUGACGAAGUCGGCUCAUUUUCUCCCAGUGUCGAUGAAGUACUCAGUAGACGUGCUUGGGAAGCUAUAUGUGGAUGAGGUAGUGAGACUUCAUGGUGCUCCAGUUUCUAUUGUUUCCGAUAGAGAUGCACGUUUCACUUCGAAGUUCUGGGGUGGUUUGCAGAAGGCGAUGGGCACUACCUUGGAUAUGAGUACAGCAUUUCACCCUCAGACGGAUGGACAGACAGAGAGGGUGAACCAGGUGAUGGAAGACAUGUUGAGAGCAUGUGUGUUGGAUUUCAAGGGUAGCUGGGAAGAUCAUUUGAGAUUGAUUGAGUUUGCCUACAACAACAGCUACCAUUCUAGCAUUGGCAUGGCACCGUAUGAGGCACUUUAUGGUAGGCCAUGUCGAUCUCCGAUCUGUUGGGCCGAAGUGGGUGAUGAGGCACUGAUGGGUCCAGAGGUGGUGCAGGAAACCACGGAGAAGAUCUCGAUCAUUCGAGACAGAAUCCGGACCGCUCAGAGUAGACAGAAGAGCUAUGCAGACUUGAAGAGGAGACAUGUGGAAUUUGAGGUCGGUGAUCAUGUGUUCUUGAAAGUUUCGCCUAUGAGAGGUGUAGUGAGAUUCGGCAGGAAGGGAAAGUUGGCACCGAGGUAUGUUGGGCCUUUUGAGAUACUUGAGAAAGUGGGCGAACUAGCAUAUCGACUAGCCUUGCCUACUAGCAUGUCGGGCGUUCACAACGUCUUCCACAUUUCCAUGCUGAGGAAGUAUGUACCAGAUGAGUCUCAUGUGAUCGAUCAUAGCACCAUUGAAGUGAAGGAAAAUGCCACUUUUGUUGUCGAGCCGGUUCGUAUUCUGGAUAGAUCCACAAAGAAGCUUCGGAGGAGAGAAGUUGAGCUAGUC